UCGCCUCACCAGUCAGAGCUCCGGUCUCCAGCGCUGCCGUUACGCACAAGUUCAUCUCAUCUCCAAGCACCUGACUUACAAAGACACGUACGCGGAUUUUCGCCCUCUUUAUGACACGAUGUAAGGCAGAUAUGUGGGCUUUUCGUUAAAGGAUAUGGUCACUGUUGAGCUGCCAAAGUGGAGCCGCGCGUAUCACGGAUCGGGGCGCUCCUGCAGGGUCUAGGAUGCGCGCCCGGAACAUCCCGAUUCUUACCCGGGUUCGGGGCUGAGAAGGAGUCCUCUGCCCUUGCUGGGCGCAGAGGCGGGAGGAGGACGCAGUCGACCCGCACCAGGAUGCCUGUGAUGAGAGGUCUCCUGGCCCCGCAGAACACCUUCCUCGACACCAUCGCCACCCGUUUCGAUGGCACCCACAGUAACUUUGUGCUGGGGAAUGCGCAGGUCCAGUCUCUGUAUCCCAUCGUGUAUUGUUCUGAUGGCUUCUGUGAACUCACUGGCUAUGCCCGUGCGGAACUGAUGCAGAAGAGCUGUGCGUGCCAUUUCCUGUAUGGGCCGGAGACCAGUGAUAGGCUGAUGGCACAGAUCCAGGGUGCACUGGACGAAAGGCGGGAGUUUAAGACAGAGCUGGUCUUCUAUAAAAAAGGAGGAACUCAGUUCUGGUGUCUUCUGGAUAUUGUGCCCAUUAAGAAUGAGAAGGGAGAGGUGGUGCUCUUUCUAGUGUCACACAAGGACAUAACAGACAAUAAGAAAGUCCAAGAUGAAGAGCAGAGUCCAGAAAGAGACGAGGAGACGGGGCUGGAGGUGCACAAGGUCACGCAGCCACCAGGCUUCAAUGCCAACCGGCGACGCAGUAGAGCUGUGCUUUACCAGCUGUCUGGACACCUGCAAAAGCAAGACAAGAGCAAACUCAAGAUCAACAAUAACAUGUUCGGUGAGAAGCCGCCCAUCCCAGAGUACAAAGUGGCAGCCAUUCAGAAGAGCCGUUUCAUUCUUCUCCAUUACGGCACCUUCAAAGCUGGCUGGGAUUGGCUGAUCUUGUUAGCCACCUUUUAUGUAGCAGUUACAGUGCCCUACAAUGUCUGUUUCACCGUCGUCGGUGGGCGGGAUGAGUUGACGAUCCCUAGAAAUCCACCGAGUGUGAGCGACAUCUUGGUAGAAAUCCUUUUUAUGUUAGAUAUUGUGUUAAACUUUCGCACCACAUUUGUGAGCACAUCAGGCCAGGUGGUGUAUGAUGCACGCUCUAUCUGUGUGCAUUACGUCACCACCUGGCUCUUUGUGGACCUGAUUGCUGCGCUACCUUUUGACCUGUUGUACGCCUUCAAUGUCAGUGUGUACUUUGGAGUUCAUCUGCUGAAAACAGUUCGAUUGUUACGGCUUCUACGCUUGCUGCAAAAGCUGGAGCGCUACUCCCAGUACAGCGCAGUGGUACUCACAUUACUUAUGUCCAUGUUCGCCUUGCUGGCACAUUGGAUGGCCUGUGUCUGGUAUAUCAUCGGCCGCAGCGAGAUUGAGAACAACAGCCCAGGUUCCUGGGACAUUGGCUGGUUGCAUGAGCUGGGUAAACGUCUGGGCACCCCCUAUUUACUGUCCCCUCUUGCAUCCCUCAUUCCUGAUUCACUGCGCCCCACCAUCUUGGAUAGAUUGGUGGUCAAUUCAAGCCAGUGGAACGGCACUGAUCUGGUGGGACAUGAGUCUGUGUGGAACUCGAGCCAAUGGAACACAACAGGAGCGGGGCCAGUGGGCACUUCAAACGCAGGACAAACUGGAGCCGUACUGGGAGGCGGGCCCUCGAUUCGGAGUUCAUAUGUGACAUCACUGUACUUCGCUUUAAGCAGUCUGACCAGCGUGGGCUUUGGCAAUGUCUCAGCUAAUACUGACUCAGAGAAGAUUUUCUCUAUCUGCACCAUGCUGAUUGGAGCACUCAUGCAUGCCGCGGUCUUCGGUAACGUGACGGCCAUUAUCCAGAGGAUGUACUCGCGCCGCUCGCUCUAUCACACUCGUACCAAAGACCUCAAAGACUUCAUCCGCGUGCAUCGACUGCCCAAGGCCCUCGCGCAGCGCAUGCUGGAGUGCUUUCAGACGACAUGGUCUGUCAACAAUGGCAUCGAUGUCAGUGAGCUUUUGAAGGACUUCCCAGAUGAACUGCGGGCUGACAUUGCUAUGCACCUGAAUAAAGAGCUGCUCCAGCUGCCUCUGUUUGAGUCGGCCAGUCGAGGGUGUCUGCGCUCUCUGUCGCUCAUUAUCAAAACCUCCUUCUGUGCUCCAGGAGAGUUCCUCAUUCGCCAGGGUGACGCUCUGCAGGCCAUCUACUUUGUCUGCUCAGGCUCCAUGGAAGUGCUCAAGGACAACACUGUGCUGGCUAUACUGGGAAAGGGAGACCUGAUUGGAUCGGACUCGCUGACAAAAGAGCAGGUGAUCAAGACCAACGCAAACGUGAAAGCACUGACGUAUUGUGACCUGCAGUACAUCAGCCUAAAGGGACUGCGUGAAGUGCUGCGCCUCUAUCCUGAAUACGCCCAGAAGUUUGUCAGCGAAAUUCAGCACGAUCUAACCUAUAACCUGCGGGAGGGCAGUGGAGCUGACCUGGAGAAAGAUAUUGCUGUGUUUGAGGAGAGAAAGAGGGAGAUAAACUCCCCCCUGAGAUCACCUCUCCUCCCCCCUCGCCCCUUCCGCCCUCCGUCAGACCACACGCGACCCGCCACCCUCCAGAUCCCUGUGGUCAGUUUCAGCAGCGCCCCUCCAGAACUCAGCCCCAGGUUUGUGGACGGCAUAGAGACAGAAAGCAAUUCCAGCUCAACACAAAGGUUUGAGUUCGGUCCCACCCUACCUCAGAGCGGUCCUCCAUCCCCUUCCCCAGUGAACCAGGAGCAGCUGGAGACCAAGCAGAGCAUCACCAAACUGAGUGAGGAGAUGACUAGUCUAUCCCAGCAAGUCUCUCAGCUGAGCAAAGAGCUACAGGAAAUGACACGUCUCCUCCGGCCCUUGCUUGUCAUUGGAUCUCAACCUCUCCAGACAGCCCUUAGGCCAACAAUGCCUCCAUCUCCCAGCAGUAGCAGCAGUCCAACAAUAUCCACGCCACCAGCUCCUUCACCCACAGCCACAUCGUCUGCACCGCUCAGAUCUACAUGCACCCUAUUGGACAACGCAGACACUGGGAGCAUUGGCUUGCCCAGCUGUCUCAUACCCACCAACCUGCCGCAGAGACCCCAAGCACAGGCUCAGGCAGGCUGUUCGAGGGAACCUUCCUUUCCAGUCCUUCUUUCUCCAGUGACAGCCCAAACGGAGGGGGAAGGCACUCAGGCAGCUCCGGCCCAGCCACCGCAAGCCAGCCACCCCCUAUCCCCAUCUCUAACCUUUUCCUUCUCGCUCCCUUCUUUCCGCUCCCAAUCUACUUCCUGCUUUCCCUGCCAGGGUCCUCACCAACCUGCCAGUCACAGCAGAGGUUUGCUACCUCGACCCCCCUCACAGGACACCCCACCUCUACCGCUGUCUCAUUGCUCUGCACCACCCUCGAUCAGUAACUCCCCUGGUGACCACAGGCUGGGAAUCAGUCAGUUUCCCUCAUCCCCUUCCUCCACUGCCACCGCCCCUCAGGUCCAGCCAUGGCCGUGCACCCCUCCUUCUUGUCCGCACACCUCCCCUUCUUGUCCGCACACCUCCCCACCCUUGCCCUGCUUCCUGGACUCCCUGCCAGAAACCCAGGCCUCUUUUGUCACUUCACAGUCCCCGCAGAACCCCAGGCCGGGACCUCCUCAGUUAGAGUUUGAGAUGCAAGAAUGGGCAGCAGGAGAAAGGCCUUCCACAGAGCAUAUCAGCUUCAUAGAUGAAGAGGGACCGCCACUGUGAGAGACUGAAAGAUGAAUACUACGAUUAGUUGACUUAGCAAAUAGGGGAGUGGUGAACUGGGCUGUGACUGCAGUUACCCCAACACACCUACAUUCUGAAUGACAGACAAAACUGAUUGCUGUUUCUUCAGGACGAUACUCUUGUAAUUGGAUAGCUUGUGGCUCUUUUCUAAACCCUAGUGAGCUGCCUACUUUUACAGACAGCAUUUUUAGGCAUCUUAGGCAAUUAGGCAUGGUACUGACACCUUUUUCAAAUGGCAGACAUCU